AUGGAUGGUGAAGGAUCAAGACCAUUACCCGCCAUAACCGACAUCCAUCAUAAUGGGUUUCAUCUCAAAAGGAACAUCAAGAAGCUCAAUCGUCGUCGAUCACAUGUUAUGGAUGCCCUCCUUUGGUUGUCAGCUAUCCUCAAUCUCGCUUGGUGCUCUCUUCAGGUAUGGCAAUGCAUUCCUCGGAAGGAGGUUUCUUGGAACUUUUUGUCAUUGCUGACUUCAAUGGGAACACUGUGUUUAGAGAUUAGCUUAGUGGCCUUCUUAUUUCAAGAAAAUUAUGCAAGUGGCCUUCAAGCAUUAGCUCAUACUUUCAUUAUUUCAGGCCUCAUUGUUGGAGCAAACAUACUUCUCAAGGCGAUUUUUGUGUUUGGAUUCCAUGUCCUACUUUUCAUGGAUGAUGAAACGAGCCAUAGAGGGAAGUGGGGAUUGUGGAUAGUUGAUGAACUAUUGCUCACAUGCACUUAUGCCUACAUUCUUUUUGUACAUUACUCUAAAUGGAGAGAUAAGUUGCCUCCAUUUUACAACUAUGUUGUUGCCAUGUUCAUCAUCACUAGAAUUGCAUUAUUUGGUUGUGGAUUUGCUGCCAGUGGCUUGGCCUUUGGACUUUGGGUGUAUAGCUUUGUUGUUAUCUGCUACCACACACUCUAUCUUCCCUACCUUCCUCUCCGAUUUCUUCCAGUUAUAUAA